GCUAUGUUAGGUUUCAUUCAUACUCCCAUACUCAAAUCAUUCGAUCAAACACAAAUGGAGAAUAGUGCAUAUAACAUGACGUUAAUGAUGGUGGGUUGUGUUGGGUUGUUGUUAAUGUUAUCAAAACAAGGGUCAGCCGAGCAACAUGUGGUUGGAGGGAAACAAGGGUGGGACGAAUCGACUGAUUUUGACUCCUGGGCUUCGGGUCAAACAUUCAAGGUUGGCGAUACGCUCGUGUUCAAGUACAGUCCAAUGCAUAGCGUUGCAGAGCUGGGCAGCGAGAGCGAAUACAAGAAGUGCGAUGUGGGAUCGGCUACGAAUUCCAUGAGCGACGGCAACAGUGUGGUGAAGUUAACAAAGGAGGGUACAAGAUACUUUGCAUGUGGUACAGCCGGACAUUGCGAUAGCGGGAUGAAGGUAAAGAUCACUACAGUCUCAGCUUCUUCUUCUGGUUCGUCUUCUUCAAACGCGGCACCGACUUCAACUUCAACUUCGACUUCGACUUCGACUUCGGGUGCGACAUGUGUUUCAGGAUCGUUUGCUUUCAUGGUGGUGGGCUCUUUGAUCCGACUUUUGUUCUAAUUAAGUGAAAAGGCCUAGCGAUCGAUAUGGUCCAAGUUUUACAACUUUGCUGAUGUUCAUUCUCUAUUUGUUUUGAUAUUAUUCAUUAUCAUGUACGCGCAUUGAGGAAUAGAAUAAAUUUGUUUAAGGAUGAUAA